AGCACCAAGCACCAUGAUGCAACAGUUCACCAUUUUGAAAGAGACUGUGGAGUUCAUCUCAGUUGUUCUAUUUCCUUGAGAUUAGCUGGAUGAGACAGCAGUGAGAAGUAAAGUUGCAGGAGGAGGGAAGUAAGUGUGUAAAAGGAGAGUGGAGAGUGCUACAGAGCAGGAGUCUCCAACAACAGCAGAUCAGGCAGAAGGAUGUGCAGGACUCAGCUCUGGCUGUUGGCCUUUCUGGUCUUUUCCUAUCUGACUUCUCUGGCUGAUGGAUCUCCAAUGAAGUUGAUGUCUGCCCCCAAUGUGUUGCGGGUAGGAACAUCAGAAAACAUUUUUGUGGAGUGUCAAGACUGCACUGAUGACAACAACAUUACGGUCAAAAUCAUCGUAAUGAACUAUCCAACUAAAACCAAAAGGCUGACGUCCACAUCUGUGACCCUCACCAGUGCAACAAAAUUCCAGGACUUGGGACAAAUUAAGAUCCCUGCUGGUGACUUCAGUAAGGAUCCCAACAUGAAGCAGUAUGUGUACCUGCAAGCUCAGUUCCCUGAUGCAGAACUGGAGAAACUUGUGUUAGUGUCCUUCCAGUCCGGGUACAUCUUCAUCCAGACUGACAAGACGCUCUACACCCCCAACAGCAAAGUUCAUUACAGGAUGUUUGCAGUGUCGCCUCGCAUGGAGCCUGUGGAGAGAGAUAUUGAAACCCGAAGUGAUGCUUUUAUUGCCAUUGAGAUUGUGACACCUGAAGGUAUAAUUUUACCACUUGAUCCAGUCUCUCUGAAAUCAGGGAUCCACUCUGGAGAUUACCAACUUGCUGAAAUUGUCAGUAUCGGACUGUGGAAAGUGGUGGCAAAGUUCCACAGCAAACCACAGCUGAGCUACUCUGCAGAGUUUGAGGUCAAAGAAUAUGUGCUGCCCAGUUUUGAGGUUAAACUGAUGCUUGAGAGCCCCUUCUUCUACGUGGACAGUCAAGAGCUCACCAUCAACAUCAAAGCUACGUAUCUGUUUGGUCAAGAGGUGGAUGGGAUGGCCUAUGGGGUAUUUGGGGUUAUGCAUGAGGGUCAGAAACAUAGCUUUCCCAGCUCACUUCAGAGAGUGCCGAUACAGAGAAGUAAUGGAGUUGUCACACUGAAGAAAGAGCACAUCACACAGCCCUUCAAAAACAUCCUGGACCUGGUGGGGAGUUCCAUAUUUGUAGCUGUCGGUGUGCUGACGGAGAGUGGUAAAAAAGAGAGAAUUGAAAUGGUGGAGGCAGAGUUGAGAGGUAUCCAGAUUGUCACAUCACCUUACACCAUCCACUUCAAGAAUACGGCCAAAUAUUUCAAACCAGGAAUGUCCUUUGAUAUUACGGUUGAAGUUGUAAAUCCUGACGGCACUCCAGCACAAGGUGUUGAAGUGGUGGUGGAUCCGGGGGAGGUACGGGGCCUCACUGCAGCCAAUGGCAUGGCAAGGCUUUCCAUCAAUACAGAGGAAAAUCCUAAACCACUGACAGUCACAGCAGAGACCAAGGAUCCUCGUAUUUUAACUGAAAGGCAAGCAUCAGCCAACAUGACAGCUCUCCCAUACAGCACUAACAGCAACAAUUACAUCCACAUAGGUGUGGAUACAGCUGAAGUAACAUUAGGAGAAAACCUGAAAAUCAGCCUCAACCUCAACAGGCAGGAAAAUACACAAAAUGACAUCACAUACUUGAUCCUGAGCAGAGGUCAACUGGUGAAAUAUGGCCGUUACAAAACAAAAGGUCAAGUACUGAUAUCCAUGAUAGUCACUGUUACCAAAAACAUGCUGCCAUCAUUCCGCAUCAUAGCCUACUACCAUACAAAUGAUAACGAAGUGGUAUCAGACUCUGUUUGGGUGGAUGCAAAGGACUCCUGCAUGGGCUCGUUGAAGCUUGAAUCAUCAACACCUUCUUCAUCCUAUGAGCCUCGCAGGAUGUUUGGUCUGAAGGUCACAGGAGAUCCAGGAGCCACAGUGGGACUGGUUGCAGUUGACAAAGGCGUCUAUGUCCUAAACAACAACCACCGCCUCAACCAGAAAAAGGUGUGGGACAUGGUAGAGACGUACGACACAGGCUGCACACCAGGUGGAGGGAAGGAUGGCAUGAGUGUGUUUUACGAUGCUGGGCUGUUGUUUGAGUCCAACACGGCUUCUGGGACUCCCUACAGACUAGAAUUGAAAUGUCCGGCCCCCAGCAGGAGGAAACGAGCCACUACUAUAAUGGACGUCACCACCAGCUUAGUGAGUCAAUAUCAAGAUGAACUGCAACGUGACUGUUGUUUGGAUGGCAUAAGGGACAUCCCCGUUUCAUACACCUGUGAGAGGCGCAGCGAGUACAUCAUGGACGGUGCAGCCUGUGUGGAGGCCUUCCUGCACUGCUGCAAGGAGAUGGAAAGCCAGCGAGCUGAGAAGAAGGAGGAUAACCUCGUACUGGCUCGCAGUGAGGAUGACAACAGUUACAUGGACAGCAAUGAAAUUGUUUCUCGCACAAAGUUUCCUGAAAGUUGGCUGUGGUCAGAUAUCAAACUGCCUCCUUGCUCUCGACAAAACCCUAACUGUGACACCACAUCAUUUGUGAAAAAUGUUCCUUUGCAAGACUCAAUCACUACCUGGCAGUUCACUGGCAUUAGUCUGUCAAGAACUCACGGUAUCUGUGUGGCCGAACCAUUAGAGGUAAUUGUCCGGAAGGAAUUCUUCAUUGAUCUCAGACUGCCGUACUCUGCUGUCCGUGGAGAGCAGCUAGAAGUUAAAGCAGUCGUCUACAACUACAGCCCCAAUCCUGCCACCGUGUAUGUGGAUCUGAUUGAGGAGGCACAUGUGUGCAGUGCAGCUUCUAAGCGUGGGAAAUACCAUCAGGAGGUCAAAGUUGGGCCCCAAACUACACGAUCUGUACCAUUCAUUAUUAUUCCCACAAGGGAGGGAAAAUACCGUGUUGAGGUCAAAGCAGCUGUCAAAGACUCAUCACUCAAUGAUGGAGUUAUGAAGAUGCUGCGGGUGGUGCCAGAAGGCUUACUGGUUAAAUCUCCUCAGAUUGUAACUCUAGACCCUGCAAAAAAAGGUGUAGGUGGUAAACAAAUACUAAUUUACAACAGUGGAAUUCCUAAGAAAGAUUUUGUUCCAAACACUCCUACUAGCACACAGAUCUCUUUGACAGGAAGAAAGCAAAAUGUGCUGAAGAAUGACAUUAGUGGGAACUCUAUGGGUAGUCUGAUCUACCAGCCCUCGGGCUGUGGAGAGGAGAACAUGAUCCACAUGACCCUACCUGUCAUUGCAACCACGUAUUUGGACAAAACCAACCAGUGGGAACCUGUGGACAUUGAGAGACGUAAUGACGCCCUCCAACACAUCAGCACCGGUUACCAGAAUCAGCUUGCCUACCGUAAAAAUGAUGGAUCUUUUGCUGCAAAUCCUGGUGACCAAAGCAGCACCUGGCUGACAGCCUAUGUUGCCAAGGUGUUUGCCAUGGCCAACAAUCUGGUGGCAGUGCAAAGCAAUGACAUCUGUGAUGCUGUCAAGUUUCUGAUUCUCAACGCACAGCAACCUGACGGCUCGUUUAGAGAAGUUGGACGUGUGGCCCAUGGAGAGAUGAUCGGUAAUGUGCUCGGCACAGAUUCAGACGCCUCCAUGACAGCCUUCUGCCUUAUUGCUAUGCAGGAGUCACGCACGAUAUGUGCUGCCCUUGUUAAUAGUCUGCCAGGCAGUAUAGACAAAGCAGUGGCCUACCUGGAGAAGCGUCUGUCCAGCCUCACCAAUCCAUAUGCUGUUACAAUGACAUCAUAUGCCCUGGCCAAUGAAAACAAACUGAACAAGGAGAUCUUUUACAAGUUUGCUUCCCCAGAGGUCUCCCACUGGCAGGUACCUAUGGGACGUGUUUACACACUGGAGGCCACAGCUUACGCUCUUCUUGCUCUGGUCAAGGCCAAGGCCUUUGAAGAAGCCAGACCUGUUGUGAGAUGGUUCAACAAACAGCGAAGAGUGAGUGGAGGCUAUGAAUCAACUCAGGCUACUAUAAUGGUGUAUCAGGCUGUAGCUGAGUACUGGGCCAGUGCUAAAGGACCAGAGUAUGAUCUGAAUGUGGACAUCUUGUUGCCAGGCCGGUCAAAACCUGACAAGUACAACUUCAACAGCGACAACCACUAUGCCACAAGAACAUCUAAAAUCAAUGGUAUAAACCAGAAUGUGAAAGUGACUGCCACAGGCACAGGAGAAGCAACACUGACAAUGGUGUCGCUGUAUUAUGCUCUGCCCAAAGAAAAGGACUGUCAGAAGUUUAACAUGUCAGUGCAGUUCCUCCCAGAGAAAAUGGAUGAGGAUGAGAAGAUAUACAAGUUGAGAAUAGAGGUUUUGUAUAAGGACAAGGAGCACGAUGCAACCAUGUCAAUCUUGGAUGUUGGCUUGUUAACUGGCUUCACUGUUAACACAAAUGACCUGAGUUUGUUGUCCAAAGGACGUGCCCGCACUAUUUCAAAAUAUAAGAUGAACACCGUCGAGUCAGAAAGAGGCUCACUCAUCAUCUACCUGGAUAAGGUUUCUCACACACGACCAGAGGAGAUCACUUUUAGGAUCCAUCAGAAGCUGAAAGUGGGCGUCUUACAACCAGCUGCUGUGUCUGUCUAUGAAUACUAUGACCAUCAAAACAGUAACCAAACACCUUGUGUGAAAUUCUACCAUCCAGAGAGGAAAGCUGGACAGCUACUGCGGCUCUGUAGAAAUGAUGAAUGCACAUGUGCUGAAGAGAACUGCAGUAUGCAGAAGAAGGGCAACAUCAGCAAUAAUGAGCGCACAGCUAAGUCCUGUGAGACUCAAGUGAACAGCAAAAUAGAUUUUGUGUACAAAGUGAGACUGGAAGAAUUUACAGAUGGUUUGUCCACUGACAUUUACACAGUACGGGUACUGGAAGUCAUCAAAGAAGGAAGUUUUGAUGUGGGUCCUCGGGGUAAACUGCGUACAUUCCUCAGUUAUCCACACUGCAGGGAGUCUUUAGAUCUGGGGACGGGCAAAACCUACCUUAUCAUGGGCACUUCCAAAGAUAUUCACAGAGACGAAUUGAGUCAAUCGUAUCAGUAUGUACUCGGUGAGAGAACCUGGAUCGAGUACUGGCCCACAGAAGCAGAGUGUCUUAUUGAGGAAUACAUACCUACCUGUUUGGGCAUGGAGGAGAUGGUCCUGCAGUACACAGGCUUUGGAUGUCUGCACUAAUAAAACUGAAGGAAUGUUUUUUAUUUUGCAUUAUUCUGCUAUGCUUUAAAUUACAGUCCACAAAUUAAAGUGUUAAUAUUUAGUACAUAUAGGGGAUUUAUUGGGGAUCAAUAAAAUACUCAAACGAUAACUAUACCAGGACAAACAUCGAAGUACAAGGGAAGAAGAUGGCAGGUUAGAAAUUAAAGGGAGGAGGACUUAGGCAGGUAUGUGCUUAUAGUGUAAUCUCUAAUAAUUAGAGGGUGCGGUAUUGUUAGUAACAAAACAGGGUAAAGAAACUAAAUUGCCUACUUGCCUAAUUUUGUAUCUCCAACAAAAAGAUCCAAAUAUAAUAAACAUUUACUAUACACGGC